AUGCGCUUCCUCACAUCCCGGGCCCUCUCAGCAGGGCGUCAGGCUAUCACUCCGAAGCCAGCAACUCUCACACCACGAUCUCCGUUCUCCUCGGCCGUCUCAGCUGGCGCAACCACCUUCAAGACACAUGUCUCGUACAAGCCAAACCCUCUCGACAAGCCUACCAACCCCAACAAGAAGCACAAGAUCCCCUAUAAGGAGCGACCUAUGAAGCAAGCAUUCGUUCCUCUGCCAACAAAGAAGCCUGAGGAAAUCGGCACAACCCUUCGCUACAUUAUCCGACGGACACCAGCCUCUCAACUAGCUAUCUACCGGAAAUGGAUGUCUGGAGGCAACCGAAUGAUUGUACUGAUCAAGAAGAUUGAUGGUGAUCGGCCCAAGCUGGUCAAGGAUUUGAUAAGAGACUUGCAAAUUAAACCUGUCGAUAUUCGAAUAAAUCCUGUAACGCAACAUGUCGAGAUCAAGGGCGAUGUAUACGAUAAAUUGGUUCAAUGGGUCCUCAAAACUGGCUUUUAA